AUGGAUCGUCCGACGCGGCUUCCGCUUCUGACGCCGGACACGGCCAGCGCCAUCACCCGCCACAAGGCGCCGGUGCGCGCGAGCAUGAUCACGACAACGUCGCGCAUGCUGGCACGGACCAACGCAACGACGGCGACGCCCCGUAGCCUGUUGCACACGCCACCACCGAGUGCCGCCGAGCUCGCGUCGGUCUGGUCCUUCUUGAGCGCCUGGGUCCAGCGAGUCGUCGAGGACGACUUGAGCGCGGCGUCGAUCCCGGGCUUUGGCAUAGUCUUUGUGCAUGUCCAUGGCCACAGCAUCCGCAUUCCUCAUUUUGCGACCCACGGGCCCUUUGCCUUGCGCCAUGGGCUCCAGUUUGAAGACGUGGGCGGCCUCGUGCCGCUGCACCGCGUUGUCUUGCUCGCCUUUCGCGAUAUUGCGACGCACUGCCGCAUCGACGAGUACACGGCCAAGUCGUGGCUCGAGCACCUCGUUCAAAACGUCGGCGAGCGAAUGCGGUUGACGCCUCUCGUCGAGCUCGGCCUUGGCGUUGGCACGGUCACUUGCAAGCAGCGCGUCAUUGAUGGACACAUGGCCCAGAAGCAGCAGGGCACGAUCGACCCGGACAUUCGUCCUGUCGAGCCCGUGAGCAAGCGGCCGCAGCCACUACGGUCGCUCUUGGCGCCGUCGCAAGCUUUGUUCCACGUAUUGCCGAGUCCAGAGAACGGCACAAGUACACCGCUCAAACCAACGGCACCGGGCAGUCCGCGCGCCGACCAGCUCUCGGGACUAUCGCGCCGGGCGCGCGCCCUCGCACAGGCAAUUUCGCCUCUCAGCCCGCGCCUCGCGCUGCACAAGCGCCUCGCCGAUGCCAUGCCGUGGCAGCUCGAGGUGAAGAACCAAGACGUUGUCCUCGACUGCCCCGAACUCGAUGCAAAAUACCCGCCGCUGCUCGACCCGUUUUGCCGUACGCUGGGCGUUGAGCAGGUCGACGCGAUCGAAAAAUUUGCAUCCAGCGACCGCAUCGGUAGCAACUACUCGUUGACCGCCGCCCAACUCGUGAUCCGGAAGCACCUGCCGACCCCGAGUGCGUCGCCGUUGGUCUUUUUGAACGCGAGCAACGAGCCCGAUGUCAUGGUGCUGCCGGCACUGGACAUUGCCUUCCAGCCGGUGGCAGCACCGCCGCAUAAAGUCGAGCUGCCAUUGGUCACGACGUCGGGCAAGCCGGUGUUUUCGCCGCUGCCAGGAACGCUGCCGGUCCCAGCACGCAGCACGACGCACGAGGCCGAUUCCGCCGAGAAGGAGAACGCGGCCGUGCGGUAUCAGUACUACCUCGAGCACGUCAUUAGCACCAAAGACAUUGUGCCAAUGAACCCGCGCUGGACCGAGCACAUUCAAAGCCUCGUGGCGCGCGCGCUGCAGCAGCUGCCGCCGGCGCGGGCCGAGCUCAUUUUGCGCGCCAUGUUUAACGAGACACUUGCCAACUACUACUUUAGCAUCAAGAAGGCCGUCCUCGACUACCUUUUGCUCCGGGAAGGAACCCAGCGCCGGCUGCACAUUCGUGGCGGCACGCCGCCCAUGUACCAAGUGCAAAUGAAGUGGAAGUGGGGCGAAGGCUACGCGCACGCGAUUGCACCGACCAUUGGCUGGAUCGACCGCAAGCAAUUGGCCAAAGACCAUUUGAGCCAGUACCUCAUGAUCCUCGACAGCCACUUGCUUGCGCUGCACUAUCUAUGGGGCGACUUUGACCAGCUCCUCCUCGUGGAUGUACCUACGACCGAAGAACUCGCGUCGCACUUGGUGCCCAUGAACAUCAAGACGUUCGAGAAGCGACAGCUUGCGCAAGCCGGGCGCGUCAAGCAGCUCCUUCUCGACAAGUGGUUUGGGACCGCCAAGCGCAUUCUGACGACGGCCAAGAACGAAGACGUGCUCGCAUCGGCGCUCCUGCAGCCCAAGCACUACUUUGACUGUGUCGCUACGCUCAUGUCGAUGCAAUUGCGGGGCCUCAUCGUGCGCUCGAUUGAGGCGUACGUGGCCUUCUUUCGCAAGCACAGCCACGCGUCGUCGUCCAGUCCGCUCCAAGGUCUCCUUCUCUCGCUGCAGCUCGACCACACCAGCAUCAACUUUGCCACGUCACUCGAAGAUGCGACGGCGGCGCUAUUGAACGUGCUCUUCAACAUCCCCGCUUGCUUUACGCACGUCGACCGCGUCGAAACCAAGUUUGAACCGUCGAUUAUCCUCGGCGGGUCGCCGUUUCUCUGGGGCGUCGGGCUCCAUGAAGACGAGGUCGUCCGCGCCGCCGACGAAAUCAAAGCGCUUUUGGCCGACAGCAUGGUGCACGCCAACAGCGUUCGCACCAAGUAUGCAAAAUACGCUAUGGUCGCGGCUGGCGACGUGGCGCUGGAGGCGUUUAUGGUGGCGCCCCACGACAUUGCAGCGUACGCCGCCGAGAUUGGCAAGUACAUGCGCUUUGCGAUGCAAAUUGCAGCCGAGCCCAACUACGGUCCAUGCCCGUCCUCUGGCUUGUUUCACGUCGACUGCACGUCGCUCAACGCAGGCUUGAUACAGAAAGCAUCGCGGUUCAUCCAGUCGCUCUUCCACGCCUUCUCGCAAGUCACGAUCCAAAUCAACAUGGACAUUCGACAGCAGUUCAAGCUCAUGGUGAGCCGUCUCUCCAAGAAACCUGUGGACCUGUACGAACUCGUCGACGCCGAGGCGUACUUGACCAAGCUCCGGACGCAGGAGCUCCUCGAGCUCUUUCGCAGUGUGCAGGACGUCAAGCACCGCAUUCAAUUUCUCAUCGAGCAGGUCGAGCUCGUGCCCACAUGUCCCGUCAUCUCGGGGCUCUCGGUCGCAUCCGAGCUCCUCUCGUCGACGGCCAAGACGUUCGAGUGGAAAAACCAGAUUGAAAAAGUGAUUCGGGACGGUGAAGUCAGUCUCCAGAACGAGCGCAUGCGCAUCGAGACCACGUUCAUUGCCAAACGGGCGCGCUUCCUGGCCGAGCUCGAAGAGCUCGAGUCUGAAGUCAACUCGUUUCAGAAAAAAAGCGACCUGCGGCACGCGACCACGUACGUGGGGCAGCUCAUCAAAGUGCGCGACGCCAUUCAACAAGCGCGCCAUACGAUCGACACGAUUGCCGACGAGGAAGCCAAGCUCGGGUGGGUGCAAACCGACUUUCUCCAGCUCGACACGAUCUGCGAGACGCUCGAGCCGUACGACCAGCUGUGGCGCACGGCGCGCGACUUUCGCGAAGCCAGUGUGCGCUGGAUGCGCGGCAACAUUUUCGAGCUCGAUGCCACGGGCAACGAGCGCGCGAUCCACAUCAUGACGUCGACGCUCUUGACCGCGGCCAAGCAGCUCGCCGAGACGUCGCCGGCCGCCGUGAGCGCGACCGAGACACUUCGAAAGCAAAUCGCAGAGUUCAAAGAGUCGAUUGGGCUCAUCUCGGUCAUGGGCAACCCGAAUUUACGCGACCGGCACUGGAGCCAAAUUGCAGCUACGGUCGGGUUUGUUGUGGAUCCGACCGAGCACUUGACGCUCCAGCGACUCCUCGACAUGGGUAUCCAAGACCACGUGGCUGGACUCCUCGACAUCUCGAACGCCGCGACCAUGGAGGCCGAGAUCGAGCGCAGUCUCGAUGCGAUGGCCGAAGAGUGGCUGCACAUGGAAUUCCAGUUCGUGCUCGUCCCGUCCUCCGAGUCGUAUGUUCUCGCCGACGCGUCGAUCGCGGACGUUCACACCAAGCUCGACGACCACGUGGUCAAGACCCAAGUGAUCCGGUCGUCGCCAUACAAAAAGCCUUUUUUUGGCCGCGCGAUUGCAUGGGAGCGGUCGCUGCUCAAAUUACGGGACGUGACCGAGCUCCUCGCCGAGACGGGCAAGACGUGGGUCACGAUCGAGCCGCUCUUUGCAUCCAAAGCCGACGUUCCAGUGCUUGACAAGGCGUCGCCCGAAGCCAAGAAAUUUGCGCUCGCCGAUGCCCACUGGCGCAGUAUCAUGGCCGCCGUGGUCGCGCGGCCGCUCUGCUUGGCCGUCAUCCAGAUCGACAAGGCAGCCGACCGCUUGCGCGAAUGCAAAGCGCUGCUCGAAGGCGUCCUUGAAGGCCUCCACGCGUGCUUGGAGCUCAAGCGGACGUUGUUUCCUCGGUUCUUUUUUCUCUCCAACGCGGAGCUCAUUCGCGCACUCUCGACGCACCCGGACGCGCUCACGGCCCGCAAGCCGUCGUACCUCUCGCGCUGCUUCCCGGGCGUUGGUCGCAUGGAGCUCAACAGUGCGAACGAGAUCACGAAUGUGAGCAGCUCGUUCGACGAGUCGAUUGCUCUCUCGCAGGUCGUGCCGACCGAGAAGGUCGCCACGGACGUCUGGCUCGCGCGCCUCGAGCAAGGCUUGUACACGUCCAUGCAAGUGCUCUUGCGCAGUGCCAUGAGCGACUAUAGCAAAAAGGACUUUCGAAAAUGGUACCUUCUCUGGCCCGAGCAAGCCGUGCUGGUCAUCGAGCGCUACAUGUGGACCAACAAGAUUGAAAGCUGCCUGCGGGAGCCGAGCUCGAUCGCCGAUGUGCACUCGCUCCGGCCCCACAAGCUCCAAGACUACCUCGCCACCGAGCUCGAGCCGCGCUUAUGCGACCUCGCGCAAGAGCUGCGCGAAGGCGCGCACACGCUCCUCCACCGGAUCAACCUCGUGACCAACCUCAUUGCGCAGCUUUUGCACGCGCGCGACUGCACCGCCGACCUUAUUGCCAACGAGCCGCACCUCGCCGACACGGACGCGUUCCUGUGGCAGUCGCAGCUACGCAUCGCAUGGAACGACGGCAACGUGCUUCUCAAAGUCCUGAAGUCGUCCGUGCUCUACGGCAACGAGUACCUCGGCAGUGCCAAGACGUUGGUUCUCACCCCCAACACACUCAAGGUUGCGCGCGUCGUGUGCAGUGCGAUGGCGAUGGCCAAAGGGUCGGCCGUGGUCGGUGCAUCGAGCACGGGCAAGGCGACCACGUUGCACAUGCUGGCAAGUGCGUGCGGGAAACUGUGCAUGGCCUUUGAGUGCGUCGCCCAUGUUGAUGCGUUUACACGCAUCAUCAAGGGCGCCGCGGCCACGGGCACGUGGCUACUGUUGCGCAAUGCCCAAAAUGUAUUUGGCCAUGCGACCAUCGGCGUCUUCACGGACCUGAUGCACCGCGUGCUAGAAGCGACGGGUCUGCGCGAGGCUUCCGUGGUGCUCCACGGCACCAAGCUCCGCCUCCGGCGCGGCGUGCACAUUGCUGCUACGUUCACGACGUCGCAGCCGCUGCCCUGCACACACGAUGCAUUUCUCAGCCUCUUUCGCCCCGUGACGCUCGUCUCGCCCGACGUUGAGAUUGUGUGCCGCGUCUUGUGCGAUCUCGCAGGCUUCAGUAGCUCCGAGAUGCUCGGGAAGCACGUGGCCUUUGCGCUGGCGACUGCCGCCAAGCUCUUCCCCGAUGCCGCUAACGCGAUGCAGUCGCUCCGCUUGGUCAAAACGGUCGUUGAGCGCGCGAAAAAACUCGUGCUGAAAGAGCACAGUUAUGACGUGACGUCGUCGACGCAGCUCGUCUCGAUCGAAGGCGCGAUGCUCCUCUACGUGCUCGGCGAUGUCCUCGCGAGCGUCGUGCCGCCGUCCGACGCAUCAACGCACACGUUGAAGAGCUUUCUUGAGACCCUAACCUCGUCGCCGCCGCUCCUCAAACCGCAAGAUUUGCCGACCGAUGUGAUGACGCUUGCGCUCAAGGCGCAUCAGGUGAUGCCAACGCCCUCGUUUUUGCUCAAGGUGCAGCAGCUACAUGCAGCGCUGAGCCGACCCCAAGGUGUGGUGCUGCUCGGUCCAACCAUGAGUGGCAAGACUACGCUCUAUCAAACGCUGAGCCACGCGCUGCGGCUUGUCGACGAGCGCUCGAACCCGUACGCGCGCCGUCAGAGCGCGCGGUCCGGGUUCGCCGACAGUGUCGCCAUGUACCAAGUGGUGUCGCCGACGAGCUUGUCGAUUGACGAGCUCUACGGUCGCCUCUUGCCGACCAAGACCUUUGACGAGGGCGUGCUCACACUUCUCCUUCGGCGCCUUCACGCACGUAGCAAGCUCGAUGCCCACGGACGCUUCUGGCUCGUCUUGGACGGCGCGCUGACUCCAUCCUGGACCGACGGACUGCACUCACUCCUCGAACUCGAUGGGUAUUUGAGUGUGCUGACAGGCGAGCGGCUCGCGCUGCCGCCACAGACGCGUCUGCUUUUCGAGUCGACGAGCCUUGUGCAUGCGUCGCCGGCCAUUUUGACGCGAACAUCGAUCGUCCACGUUGCAGCUUCCAACGUGACGUGGCGGCAGCUGUACGACAGCUGGUGGUCCAAGCAAGACGAUGCGCUGCAAGAGCUCACGGACGUCAAAGACGCGAUGGACAGCGUCCUCGAUCUCAUCGAGCCGUGCCUUGAGUUUGCAAAGCUGCACUUUCGUGCGACGGCCUUUGGCCCGACCCACCUCGGGCGCAUGCAAAGUUUCUUGGCGAUUGUGAAUGCGAGUGUGCGCGCAGCAUGGCCCAAGAUGGCGUCCAUGACGGCCAAGCAACUCUACUCAAUCGGGCACUGCGCGUUUCUCCUUGGACUCAUCUGGGGCAUUGGCCACACCAGUGCGCACGAUGAGCGCGUCAAAUUCGACAACUUUUUGCGCGCGCUUGCCGGCGAGCCGACGGCGACGACGGUGGCUGCGACGUCCCCGACACCCGUGCACCGGGGCAAGCGCUUCCAGCUUUUCUUCCCCUCCAACCGACCCGAGCUCGUGUACGCCUUUGGCCUCUCGGUGGAUUGGGGCUUGAAGUGGGAGCUCUGGGUCGACACUGUGCCCAGUCGACUGCUCUCGGUGCCGAUGCCGCUGCGCUCGAUCAAAGAGCUCUUUGUUCCGACAACCAACUGCACAGCCGUGAUGCACUUCACCGAGCUUUUCGUACAGACUGCGACGCACACGCUCUUGAUUGGACCGCCCAGCACGGGCAAGUCGGCGGUCGUCGACGCCCUCUGCACGCAGAGUCUUCUCCGGCAGCGCGAAAACAGCGUGCUUGCGGCCACCGCCUCCGUGUUUGCUCUAGUGCCGUGCGGUGUACGGACGUCGCCGAGCGCGCUGCUCUGCAGUCUCCAAGACCACCUCGAACGCUCGCGCAAGAACGUCUUGUCGGCGCCGCCCCAUAAAACGUGCGUCCUGUACCUCGAUGACGUGAGUCUUCCGUCCGAUCAAGACGGCACAUUGACGUUUCUGCGACACCUCGUCUCGGCAGGUGCGAUCUACGAGCCGCAUACCCACGCAGAGACGUUCGUGUCGGGCAUUGCCCUGGUCGGGAGUGUGACCGAGCUCGCGUCACAGCGCCGGCACGCGUCUUCGGAGCGCUUGGUCGCACAGCUUGUGCCGCUAGCCUUUCCCGAGCUGCAAGCGGCCGACAUGAACAAACUCCUCGUCGACGUUGGCAGCUGGUGCGUCGCGGCGCGAAAUCUCUCGGUGGACUUUGCCCAGAUGCUGUCGACGCUUACUAAAGCGACGAUGCGGCUCUUUGUAAGCUGCAACGAGCGCUUCCGCGUCGCGCCCACGCGGCCGCACUACCUCUUUCGGCUUGAUGACAUGCUGCAGUUGACGCAAGCCAUCGCGCGCGACUGCGCGGCCACGCAGUUUAGUGACAAGACGCCUCUCGUGCGGCUCUGGUGCCACGAAGCCACCCGAACGCUCGCCGAUCGACUCGAGAGUGCAACGGAGCUGGCUGUGUUUAGCUCGCUCCUCCGCGAUAUUUGUACCUCGAGCUUUGCGGUCGCCCACGAAGCCUUGUUUCCGAAUAUCGUCGCUGCGACGGCGGCCGCCAACACAGUCCUCAGGCGCGCCAGCGACGACAUGCAGUCGACGACGCACCGGUCGUCGAUGCUCGGUACGCAGCAAGUGACGCCGGUCGCCGCGUACUUGCAUGCCAAUUUCUUGCGCAUCACGUUUGCAACGCUGCUGCCGUCGACGACGUACGACGAGAUUGACGCGAGUGACCUUGUGGAUCUGCUGAGUCCAAGCGUGGCCGCCGAGCUGAGCAAGCUCACCGAGACGUCGGCACGACCGAACGCUGUCAACAACGACGUGCAGCUGCACUUGCCCUUCUUCGUCGAGCACAUUGUACGACUUGCUCGGGUGUUGCGCCGGCCAGCCUGUCCCGCCGCGAGCUUUCACUCACAGCAUGUACUGGUGUGGGGGCCCCCGGGCACAGGCAAAGCGAUUGUGUCGCGGCUUGCAGCCGGUGUCGCUGGAAGCGCCGCGACGUAUCUCAACGUCCAGAGCCCAUUGUUUGCAUCAUCGUACACGACGUGGCAACGGGCGAUCAACGACGCCUUGCUGCGCGCCGCGGCCCAUCCGACAUCAUUUGUGCUCGUCAUCAAACAUGCGUUAGUGUGUCAGGAAGGGCGGGACGAGUACCUUGUCGACAUGGCCGAGCUUGUUAGCGAGCGGUACAUGCCCCACUUUGUCACGUCCAGCGACCUCGAGGCUCUGGCGCCAACGCUACGCACGCUCGCCAAGGCCGAGAACACCUUUUUGGACACACAGUCGUCGGUCGAGGCGUAUUUUGCAGAGACCCUUCGGCGGAAGCUCACGCUUCUGCUCGUGUUGACCAUGCCGGCGCACGCACCACUGACGUGGCAGCGCCAACUGCAAGCGUCGUAUGCCCAUCUCUUUCGGCGCUGCCAUAUACACCAUGUGAGUGCGUGGCCGAAGGAGACGCUGCGCGCCAUGGUGCAUGCGACGUGCGCGGAUGCGGGGAUGGCCGACGCCGAGCUCUACUUGGACGCGGCCGAGGCAAUCUUUGUGUCCGCCAAGGCGUACGAGACAACCGCCUGUCCGCUGGUGCCGUCCCGUUUUGUCUUGCACAUUGCCAGCUUUGCCCGGCUCUGGCAGUCGCGCGCGCUGGCCAACGAAGAGCGAAAAGCCAAGCUCGUGGCGGCCCUCGAUGCACUGCGGUACUUGGAGCGCCUCUCGACGCGCGUCGCGCAGACCGUCAAGGGUCUCACGCCCGAGAUCUCGCGCAUGUCGCAAGUCUCCAAGGGCAUCAAUGUUGGUCUCGAGACCGAGUCCCAAACGCUCUUGUCGUUGCAAGCGCAGCUGUCGGCCGAAGACGACGUUCGCGUUGCGGCAGUUGCCAAGUUGGAAUCGCUACAGGCCGCGGCAAAGAGCACACUGGACGCCGCGACCGCCAGCGUGCUGGACGCCAAGCGCAAGCUCGAGGGGCUAGGCACGCAAGACAUGGCGGAGCUCUGCAGCUUGCACCCGAUGCCGCCCAACUUGCGCUAUCUGCUCGAGUGCAUGUGCCGGCUCUUACGGCUCGAGCCCGUCGAGACGUUUGAUGAACGCGACAUUGAAACCAAGCUCCUCGACUACACGAUGCCAGCACGGCAAUGGCUUUUGCGCCCCAAUGGGCUCGACGCGCUCCAGAAUCUCGGCACCGACUUUGCCACGUGCUUGGACGGCGACGUGCUCGGUGCCGUGUCGGCAUUUUACGAGCACAUCGAGUUUACGCCGGCGCUGCUGGCCAAGUUGCACCCGUCUGGGGGGCCCAUCUGUGCGUGGGCCCGGGCGAUCAUUCAGUACAAGAUGACGUACGUCAUGCUCGAACCGCAGUGGGCCCACAUCAAGGAUGCGCAAGUUAUUGUCGAUGGUUGCGAAAUCAAGUGCGCGCAGCUGCGACGCGCGGUCGACGCGCACGUGGCCACGAUGCAGAUGACGACAACAUCUCGAGCGACCACCGACACCCAAGUGCGCGAGCUCACGACGCAGCUGUCCGACUCGACCGAGUCGAGUGAGAAGGCGCAAUCGCUGCUCUCGGCGCUCGUGGUGUUUGUGAGCGCGUGGCAUCAACGGCGCGACGAAUGCAUCGAGUGGGGCGCGCGGCUUCCGGCCCAUGCUCUCAUGGCCACGGGGCUUGCGUCUUAUGCUGGCCACGUGCCAGCGUACGGCCGGCACCAGCUGCUCGUCCAGUGGAUGAAACUACUCUCGAACCUCGGGCUACCGUCGUCCGUCGGCUUGCUCACGCAGACGUCGCACCACGCCACGUACGAUCUGCUACUCGAGUCAGCGCUCUUCAAGCGCUGGCUCGCCAAAACAGUGCCAAGCGACGACCCAAUCAGCCACGAAAACAUUGCAUUCUUAGCCGCGGCCGAGACGUUCCCGCUGCUCAUUGACCCGCACGAGAUCGCUUAUGCCUGGGUGGUGGCCAUGUCAACUGACGUCUACGCCAACGAAACCCCGUACAUCGUACCUCCCCACAACGGCAGCCUCGACGAGUUCGAGAAGGUCCAAGACGACGUCUUUAACGCGAUGCAGGCCGAGCGCCCCGUCCUCGUGCGCCACACAAAUCUCUCAACCAAGAGUCUUCUCCUGCCCUUUCUGCUUGCCAAGCGGCAAGCCAGCCGGCUCGGGGGGGCGCGGCCGAAUUUCCUUACGCACAAGCACGCGCUGCUCGAUUUCCCCAUCGACUGGCCGCUCUACCUCUUUACGACCGACGAAGACGCAAUGUGGCUGCCAGCGUUUGCUUCGAUCACAACCCCCGUCUACGUUGAGCUGACGCCGCAGAUCGCGAGCGACCUCUUCCGAUCGCAAGUGCUUUGCAACGCCUCGAAGCACACGCUCUUGCAUUGGCAAGAGCUCAAAACGUCGUUGCAUGCAGCAGAAUUCGACGCGAGUGCAUGGGAAGACCUCUGCCUCUCGGCGCUCGCCAAGGCCGGUGACGCCAUCUUGGAUGACACGGCCGCCCUCUUGACGUGGCGCACCUCGUAUAGCGACGCGGUCGCCAAGCAAGUGCAGCUCACGUACGAGCUCUCGAAAGCCACUCGGCUCUCGCUGCCGCUCGACGUCGUGCGACAGCGCUUUGUCGACUUGUGCUUGAUCAGCGACGAUUUACGCCACAAGAGCCCGCAGUACGGCGUCUCGCUCGCGUGGCUUGCUCACUUGCUCACGAGCGUGCUCAGUGCGAUUGGAAAGAGCGAUGCAAUGGCGUUCCUCGAGCGCAUCACGCUGACCGUGUAUCGAGCUCUGCACUGGGGCAUUCGGGCCGACGACCGCACGCUCCUCAAUUUGCUAUUUGCUCUACGGUUGUACCAGCCCCACGACGACGACGACGACGAAGAAGAAGACGAGGAUGAUGAUGACGUCAACGGCUCGGGCUCGGAAAAUGCCAACAACGACGAGGGCAAGAACACUGAGGCCGACAAUGAAAAUGCGUUGGACGGUGGCGACGACGAAGAUGUCGGGCGGGAACUCGACGAACUUGAAGAGCGCGCCAAGCCGUCGUGGGCGUGGUGCUGGUCGAGCCAAGAAGAGUUUCGGUUCUUGAUCAUGCCACAGCCACUGCCGCGCGUCGACACGCUCCCAUUACACUGUCCGUCCUGGCUGCCACCGACGCGCUGGGAGCUCUUGACCGCAUUCUGCGACAUUGUCCCAAAGUUGCUUCGGCGUCACAUUCUCGCCUCGUGGAUGGACGACGAUCUCAAGAUGGUCUGGAAGAGCUUUUACGAAGCCGCAAAGUCAUGGCUCAUGGAGCUGCCUAUCCCGCUCUCGCCGCUCCAGCGGCUCUGCAUCGUCCGCGCGCUUCGACCAGACCAGUUUGGCGCCGAGGCCCUUGCGUUUGUCCAUAGCGUCGUGCCGUCCGAGUGGCUCGCUGGCGCGUACAGCUGGAGCUUUGGCGAGAUGGCGGCGGCGGCCAGCUGCGCGACGCCGCUCGUCGUGUCGUCCCAAGGACACGAUGCACUGGAGGCGAUCAAGGCGGGGGGCAUUAGCGCCAACGUCGAUAUCGUGCUCGCGACCCACACUGAGCCGUUGGAGCGUCUCCUCACGUCGGCCAUGAAGACGGGGCAGUGGCUCGUGCUUCGGCAAGUCGACACCAAUCCCGACUGGCUACAGGCGUUGCACCGAGCGUACCAAGUGCUCGACGUGACGGGCGUGCACUGGGAAUUUCGGCUCUGGCUGUGCGUCGACUCUACCGACCGCAUGCCGCUCUCGCUCGCGCAGCGCAGCUUGACGCGUCACAUGGCCCUCGGGUCGACCUUUCGCGAGCACCUCUUUAGCUGUGCCUACCAGCUCCACGCGCCACUUUCGUCGUCGGUCGCACCAGAUAUCGACGCGACCGAGGCGCUCGGGAGCCCAACAUUGACGUCGCCCGAGUGGCUCAGUCUCUGCUUUGUGCACGCGCUUCUCGUGGCGCGCACACAGUUUGGUGCCCAUGGGUUCAAAGGGGCCUUGUACUUGACGCCGCGGGACUUUGCCAUCGUCGUCGAGCACCCGUCGCUGGACUUGGAGUCGCUCGUGUACGGCUGCAACCUCUACUCGCCUUGGGACGUCGCCUGUGUGCGUCUGUACCUGCAACGGUAUAGCAGCGGGCAGCUCAAGGCUCGGCUGCAGCGCAUUUUAUUUGCAUGGACGUCGCCGGUCGAGCGCACGGCGAGCGUCCGCAACCUCCUACGGCGCCGAUCGUCGUCCGUGACCGCGUCCGACAUGGAAGGACUCCUCGAGUCAGUCGAAGCGCCGAGUGCGGGUCCACUCCUUCCCAACAACAUUACGAGCUUGCCCAUCAUUGACAACCCCGUGUGGUUUGGCCUCCACGGUAGUCUUGUGCAUGGCCUGUAUGCCCGCGCCGCGCUCUCGAUCGCAACAAGCCUUGAGAGCACGUAUCGUCACUGGCUCCAGCGCCAGUUUCCGCCCGCGAGCACCGCGGCCGCGCCGCCGAGCCAAACGCGGGUCGAGGUUUUGCAGUACGCGUCACUCGACAAGGCGCUGGACGCAGCGAGCCUCGAUCUCGUCGUCGCGCAAAAGAUGUUUCCGCUGGAGAGCACGGCACCGCUCCAUGCGAUUCUCCACGCUGAAGUCGACGCCUUGGCUGCGAGGCGAGAUCGGCUGCGAGGCGACGUCCGACGUCUCCAAGAGGCGCUCGUUGAUGGCGCCGGCGUGCUCCCGCCCGCCCUCGAGCCGCUGCAUGCCGCCGUGCUCCGCAACGAAGUGCCUCGUUCCUGGCAGCGCCUCGCCAACUCGGUGUCGUCGAAUUGGACCGGCUUUCAGUUGCAUCUCACACGACAGAUCAAGUUUUUUGACGACUGGGUCGCGAGUGGCGUCGUGCCCGACGUGCACUGGCUCGGCGCCUACCUCGAACCCACUCGGUUUCUCUCAGCGUGGAGCCUCCACUUUGCACGGCAACUCAACCAGCCACUGCAUACGAUAGCGCUCGAUGCGACCAUUGUAUCGGUCGUCGACCGAUUGGCCGGUGGUGUCUACGUCGACGGCGUCAUCCUCGUUGGUGCCUCAUGGCUGCCCGAUGCCACCGGUGUGCACGUGCUGCAAGCCCCCACGCCCGAGUCCGAUACGACGGGCCCUCUUCUAUUGCACUUUGCCCCGCGCAUUGUACCAGCGUUUGACGGCGCCACCUCGACGGUAGCUCUGCCGCUUUUGCGCACUGUCGCGGCCGAUGAUGCGAGCGAGGUCUAUACCGAGGUCGUCCACCUCGUGUACCUUCCAAGCACGCUCUUGGCGGCCGAUGUGCUCGAGCAGGGUGUUCACCUUGCUAUUCGAGAUUGCUUGUAA